UCGAAGUUGGGACUUAUAACCUUGGCGAGGACGCACACUUACAGAAUGCUGUAGACUGUAGAAGGAAGCUGUUACUCUGUAGUCUGUGAACCGUGAUGGUGGGGUCACUUUGACUUUCGUCCCAACUGUUGCUUUUGGUUGUUGACGGAUUGAAAACAAUGAUCUUUCCAUUUAAUAAGUCUACAGCUAAGGAUAGGGCGUACAGAUUUUGUAGUUCCUAGCUUGACACGACGUCGAAGAUGUUGCCCAAUUAUUUUUUAAUACAACGUUCACUUCCUUUCUGCUCCUUCAUCACCACCUUCUGCAUUGUCAUGACUUUGCUUAUAUUCUCUACAGAUUUUAGGAGCAGGUAUUACCGCAGUUACAACAGAAGCCUGGUCUAUGACUUCGAGUCUUAUAUGCAGGAGUCGCCUUUUGUUGUGACUUCCAUACAGGCGGGUUUCAUAAAACCACCCAGGCCCCGGUUGCAGAAUGUGACAGUUUUAAAACCGAACACUCCAAAAGUACUUCUCACCGCUUUCAAGCAUAAGAAAGGAGGCAUUUUUAUCGAGUGUGGCGGCGGGCUUGUUAGCGAUACUCUUUGGCUUGAGAAAUUCUGGGGAUGGAGAGGGUUGAUCACACAGCCUCAUCCAGAAGACUACGACGCUCUGGCUGCCUCUGGACGGAAAAGAGCUCAUACCGCCAGAGUCUGCAUCAGCCCAACAAUCUAUCCGACUCAUGCCACUUUUAAGCAAACUUCAAGGGCUGAGGAAGGUAGAACGACAGUGAUUCCUUGCUUCCCUCUCUAUUCAUUGAUUCAAGCAUAUAAUGCUUCCUCUGUUGACCUGUUAAUACUUAAUGUUGUCAGUAAACAUUACCACCAAGUUUUGAAGACAAUACCAGUUGGGAAGAUAAGUAUUUCUGUGAUAGGAUUCGUCCUCAAAGAUUCUGAUGACUCGUUUGAGGGCGACGACGACCCCUGCUGCUCCGAAGGGAUAGAGGAGUUUCUUAGUAAAUGGGGCUAUAAAAGACUAACCGACUGCCCGACAUCCGAAAUCAGUUGUUAUUUUUCCUGCAAAUCUCCGACGCACUGUCCCACGGUGGAGGAUUGAACAAUUGAAACUAUUUAGGCAGUUAAGAAAGAUAAAGUGCAAUUAUUCUUGUUUUGAUAUUAAUACACGUAUAAUAUUUUUCCAGUGUGUAAAAUAAAUUUAUAUUUUUUUUAAACUGAAUGCUGAUGUGAUAAUAAGUUGUAACUAGUUAAAUAAAGGAAUUUUUGUAAUCAAUCCA